GUGUCUCCAGCAGUCUGUGGACUGUUGGAUCCGGAUCAUGGACCCGGUCUUUGAGCCAGUGUGUCCUCUGCUCCUCCACCUGCUCUGACCUCCAGCUCCACACGCAGAGCUCCAACAUGCUGCAGCCGGGAAACGAGUCAUCUGCCUGGGCUGACCUCCGGGAGACGAACCGGUCCGAGAAGGCGGCGGAGGGCGACGUGACCGGGCCGGAGGCAGUGGUCGUGCCAGUGGUGUUCGGGCUGAUAUUCGUUGUGGGGGUGGUGGGGAACUCUGUGGUGAUGGUGGUGAUCGGGAGGGUGAGGUACAGUGGCGGAGGGAGAGUGAGUGGGGGCGGUGGGGGAGGAGGGGUGAGGCGCCCCGGCAGCCCGACCAACAUCUUCAUCCUGAACCUGAGCGCAGCGGACCUCCUCUUCCUCCUCUUCUGCGUCCCGUUCCACGCCACCAUCUACUCGCUGCCGCAGUGGGUGUUCGGAGCCUUCCUCUGUAAGUUCGGACACUUCUUCUCCAGCGUCAGCAUGCUGGUCAGCAUCUUCACCCUCGUGGCCAUGUCCGCGGACCGCUACGUGGCCGUGGUGCGCUCCCGGAAGGCUCCGUGCGUCCGGAGCCGCAGGAACGCUCUGGCCGGGGUGUGCGUCAUCUGGACACUGUCCCUGCUGUGUUCGGUCCCGGUGGCCCAGCACCAGGUCCUCACCAGCCACCCCAGCGCCCCCAACAGCACCUUCUGCUGGGAGCAGUGGUCCGGAGCCUCCAAACGCGCCUACAGGGUGACGGUCCUGGUACUUGGGUACCUGUUGCCGCUGCUGCUCAUCAGCUGCUGCUACACCAGGGUUUUAUUUCAUCUGCAUAAAAAGAUGAAGAACAUUUCCAAAAAGUCUGAGCGCUCCAAGAGAAAGACGGCUCAGACAGUUCUCCUGCUCGUCGCUGCAUUCACCGUCUGCUGGAUGCCUCAUCACAUCAUUGCCAUGUGGGUGGAGUUUGGGACCUUCCCCCUGAAUGAUGCUUCCUUCGCCUUCCGCAUCGUCGCACACUGCCUGUCUUAUGGGAACUCCUGCGUUAACCCCGUCCUCUAUGCCUUCCUGUCUGAGAAUUUUCGUAAGGCCUGUCACCAGGUCUUCACCUGCCACUUCCUGUACCGGCCGCCACCCAACAGCGAGGUGGUUCGUUUCCGCAUGGAGAACUUCUCUACCACGCACUCCACCAUCGCCAUAUGAAGGAUGGAAACGAUGGGAUGUGUCUGGUCAGAGGCUGAUGGAGGAGGUGCACAGCAGCAUUUAGGUCACAGGACACCAGGAAGGCUUGUGAUUGGCUGCUGUAGACAGGCUGAACUUAUCAGGUUGUAGAAGAACAGAAAAUGACUGAGUGAACAUAAAGCCACAGGACACCUUCAUGAUAGGACAGUUCAAACAAACAUUCAUCAGUUUCAGUUUGGUAAAGAUUCGAUUUUUGUUUUAAAUCUUUUUUAUCCUCUGAAGAGGUCUGCAGGAACAUCACACUUUAGACCUCACAUGAAACAUUUCAUGCUUUAAAAACCAGAGUGUUUCUCCAUGAAGGAACACUGACUGAUCCUUCAACUGAUUCUGUGCUGUGCAUGUGAGUAGACGUUACUUUAUUUUAAAUAGGUUUAUGUGUUUUAUGAUGUUGUAUGUCUUCAACCAGAGAUGAACCAAAUAUAUCAGGUUUCACUUUCGUCCCUCAUGUUCUCAUGAGGUGAAAUGUGCCUUCUGACUCUCUGUACAUUGUCUGGAAACAUCCUGAGAAAGCUGAUGCUGAUGUUAGUGUGGUUAUAUCCAAACAUAUCUAAACAUGCAAUGAUAAGUGCUGAGUACAGAGGACCAAACCUUACAAAUAGAUACAUCCAGUUAGAUAAUGUUUGCAGGAUAAAUGAUAAUGUUAAAACAACUGUGUAAUUAAAAACUGUCACAUCGCGGUGAGGUUGUCUUGUCUUUGGGAUCUGUCUUGUGAAAUUCUUGUUUUAUUUUGAAAGUAACUUUCCUCUCGUUUCAGAUCACGUGCCCUUCCUCCUGUGUCCCUGGUCUGACGUCAUCCCUAAUCCCUGAUUGUUUGCACCUGUGUCUCCCUCCCUCAUGUGUAUAAAGUCUCUGUCUUCCCCUGUCUGCGUCGCCUAAGUAUUCGUCGUCUUGUCGUUUACUCCAGCCUAGAAUCACAGCCCUUGAACCCUCGAUCUUUGAUAAGUAUUAUCUUGUUCUUGUUUUUCUGUUUAUUGUACUCUUGAGAGAGUGAUUUUAUUUUGUAAAUUUCGGGUUAGAGUUUGUGUUGUAGUUUGUUUUUUCCUAGUGAUUUUCUUCCUCCCUCGGGAGCGCCUUUUGUUUCUUUUUGUCAUUCUUUUUGCCAGAGUAGAAUUAACUUUCAUAGCCUUGAGCCAUCCUCCUUGGAGUGAUUUUCUUUUGUAAGUUUUAUAUCUCAGUAUAUCAGAAUAGAGUAGGUUUUCCUCCUUCUGGAGCGUUUUUUGUUAUUUCGUGUUCUGUGGUGUUUGUCCUGUCUGUCCUUGAAUUGUUUCACAGCUUUGAUUGAUCAUCUCUUCUGAAGAGUCAUUAAUCAGAAAAAUAAAGACUCGAUUUUACUUCUGCUAUCUGCAUCUGAGUCCUCUCUUUUGUCUCAAGCCUGACAGUAUACUUAGGCCAGACAUGGACUCAGCGGAGGCAGAGCGACUCUCAGAGGUUCUACGCACUCAAGAAGCCCGUCUGAGUCGGCAGGAGGAGUUUCAGACCGCCAUGGCAGCCAACAUGGGGCAGAUCACUUCUCAGCUGCACGAAUUGUUGAGCCAAGUCCGUCGACCCAGUCCUGCACCUCCGACUCCGCCCGCUCCAGCCUUCCCAGAAGUUCCGGUGCACUCCGGAGGCGCCUCCUGCAAACUAGCGCCCCCGACCCAGUACACCGGGGAACCAGGACUCUGCCAGACGUUCUUGAUAGACUGUUCGCUUCAUUUCGAAUUCAGACCACAAGCCUUUUCGAAUGAACGGGCUAAAGUGGCAUUCAUGAUCUCCCACCUGGCAGGGCGAGCCAAAGCCUGGGCUUCGGCUGAAUGGAGCAGGAGUUCCGUGAUAUGUGAGACCGUUGCCGAUUUUCAGACGGCAUUGACUAAGACUUUUGAUCCGGUUUGUUCUAGCAGAGAGAAGGCUCAGGAACUCAGCUCUAUAAGACAAGGUAAUGACUCGGUGUGUGAUUACACGAUCCACUUCCGUACGCUGGCCGCGGAAAGUGGGUGGAACAAUACUGCACUAUACGAUGUUUUCCUGAAAGGAUUAUCACCUGAUAUUCAAGACCUUCUCGUACCCCUGGACCUACCCACGAGUUUAGACGAGCUCAUCGCCCUCGCCAUCCGCACGGAUAAUCGGCCGAAUCAACUCCGAAAACAGCGGGUGGAGAGACGGGGAGAAUACCAUGGAGCUACAGCUACGCCAGAGACAAGAUGGCCGACAUCGCCGAGAGCGCUUCCCGACAACGCUACGAGCCGCAAUGAGGAGGAGCCCAUGCAGCUGGGAAGAACCCGGCUUACACCAGAAGAACGCCAGCGGAGGCGCCAGGAAGGAAGGUGCUUUUACUGUGGGGAAUCAGGUCAUCUCGUCAGUGCUUGUCCUGUCAAGAAAACUCGUGGGGCCGGGAUCCCGAAACGUCAAACCUGAUGUCCUCUCUCAUCUCUUUGAUCCCGAGCCUAAGACCAAGCAGACCGAAAAUAUCCUUCCACUGAAUUGUGUGGUUGGAGCGGUGUCUUGGCCUAUAGAAAAGGAGGUAAAGCACGCAAACGGUGGAGUCCCGUCACCUAAGGGCUGUCCAGACAAUUGUUUGUACGUCCCGGCUGAAUUGCGCCCACAGGUGAUCCAUUGGGCUCACACAUCGCUGCUUUCCUGUCAUCCGGGAGUCAAAAGAACCAUGUACGUCAUCUCCCGGAGGUUCUGGUGGCCAGCUAUGGAGACGGAGGUCCGGGAGUACGUAGAGGCUUGUUCGGUCUGUGCAUGAA